ACUCGCAGUGGCCCGUCUUUAUGACGUAGCCUGUGUUUUGGCGAGACGUUUGUGUCGGGCCUGCUCUUCAUUCCUCCUCUCGCGAUGAACAGAAGCAAGGCCAGCGGCGUCUCGUGGGUAAAGCCGGCGGAACCGAGCUUUCUGAAGAAGUUUAAAAAUGACGUGGGCUACAAAGAAGGGCCAGACGUCGACACGAAGCGCCAGGCGAUGCCGACACUGGAUGACGACAGCGGGAGCGAUCGAGAGGACGAGCUGCCUCAAGUUGUGGUUCUCAAAGGAGGAGACCUGAGCGCAGAGGACGUGAAGAAGCUGAAGGGCGACAUGCUUCCUGGAGGCGCAGAGAAAGACGACAAACCUCCUGCUGACGGUAAAAUCCUGUUCAAGAAACCCGCCAAGCGCUCCUCCUCUGACAAAUUCCAGGGCAUCACCGCCAGCUCCAGCAAGAAGAAGAAGAGGAAGAGUGAUGGGGGAGAGAAGAAGAAGAAGAAGAAGAGUGAGGAGGAGGAGGAGGAGGAAGAUGAGGAGGAGCGUGUUGAAGGGGGGGAGGGAGUUGAUGAGGAAAAGAAGGAGGUGAAGUCUGGAAAGACAGUGAAAAAUAACAGCCUUCUGUCAUUUGGAGAUGACGAGGAGGACGAGGACUAAAGUUACUGGGGAGGUGUUGCACUGUCUUUAACCCGAGACCAGGAGUCAAUGGGACAUUUACAUAUGGGGGGGUUCAUCACUGCAGCCUGUCAUUCUGUCGGUUUUAGUAUUAUUGCAUGUCUACACCCACUGACAACGGCUCUGUUCAUUUUAGUCCAAAAACAAUCUACUUGAAGAGAUUAAAUUUGUCUUGACCCAG